GUUCUGUUUGCCAAUCACCCGCAGUCCAGCGCCAGCCAUAUACCUAUGUCAGCUGGCUCUGCUGCCCGCAAGACAUCAAGUGCCGCUUCCAGUGUCCAGAAGGCAGCCAGUGUGCACAAAGUGAUGCCAUCUCAGAGUGCCCCUUCUCAGCUGGUUCCAAAGCCUCCAGCAAACCACAGGCAGGCAGUGGUCAGAAAGGCUGCCGCGCAAAGGAUUUCCAAGGGGACCUCCACUGAAAGGCAGCUAAACGGAUUCCAGAACAGCCUUAACAGUGCUGCAUCCUGUGAGCCAGGGACAAAUUCCACAGCCUCUACUCACAGUGAAGGACUAACAGUGAACAUCAGGUGA